AUGACAGCAUUUCAUUGGUAUACUUUACCAGGGAUUAGAAAGAUAAAUCGAUGUAAGGAGAGGGGUGGUUCGCCUUGGCUGCUGAGCUUCCAGGUGAUAACUGGGGUGAUGGGUAUCUUCGUUUGGACUAGUUCCUAUCUCUCACGUCCGGGACUGUUUGUCGCCCGUUUAUAUAAAGUCGUCGCAGUUGCAUCAAUAGGAUCGAUGUACAUGGAAAAACACCAGCCCCUUGGAUCGACAAAGUUAUUCUCUGUUCCAUGUGUUAAAGUCGUGGCAUCAUUUAUUCUGCUGCAGGUUCAAUCACUCCCCACCAAAUCACCUUUUGAAUCAUGCUUCACACAUUCACCGGUAAGAAACACCCCAAGCUUGUGCUCAUCAAAUAGACAAUAUAUGGAACAGUGA